AUUGCCAGAACUUAAAUGUUGUAGCCUUGGCUUGGCAUUCGAUGGACAGUAAAGCAACUUGAUACUGGUUUUUUUUGGAAGUCUCAAAGAAAUUUGCAAAAUUUCAGAAUCGAAAGUAGUAAAAGCCAAUUUCGAAAUGACGACUCAGCCAAGUCAUAGCAGAAAACGCGUUUGCUAUUAUUACGACAGUGAUAUUGGAAAUUUUUAUUAUGGGCAGGGGCACCCAAUGAAACCUCAUCGCAUACGCAUGACUCACAAUCUACUUUUGAACUAUGGUCUAUACAGGAAAAUGGAGAUAUAUCGACCUCACAAAGCCACUGCUGAAGAAAUGACCAAAUUUCACAGUGAUGAUUAUAUUAGGUUUUUACGGAGCAUCAGACCUGAUAACAUGACUGAAUACAAUAAGCAAAUGCAGCGAUUCAACGUUGGUGAAGACUGUCCUGUUUUUGAUGGACUCUAUGAAUUUUGCCAGUUGUCUGCUGGAGGUUCUGUUGCUGGGGCUGUCAAGCUCAAUAAACAAGCAACUGAGAUAGCAGUAAAUUGGGCUGGAGGAUUACAUCAUGCAAAAAAAUCUGAGGCUUCAGGUUUUUGUUAUGUGAAUGACAUAGUGCUAGCGAUUCUCGAGUUACUUAAGUACCAUCAACGUGUCUUGUACAUUGACAUUGAUAUUCAUCAUGGUGAUGGAGUGGAAGAAGCAUUUUACACUACCGACCGUGUAAUGACGGUUUCGUUCCAUAAAUAUGGUGAAUACUUCCCUGGAACUGGAGAUCUCAGGGAUAUUGGUGCAGGCAAAGGAAAAUACUAUGCUGUCAAUUUUCCAUUAAGAGAUGGUAUAGAUGACGAGAGUUAUGAACAGAUUUUUGUGCCUAUUAUGUCAAAAGUGAUGGAAACUUAUCAACCGAGUGCGGUUGUAUUACAAUGCGGCGCCGAUAGCUUGUCUGGGGAUCGUCUAGGGUGCUUUAACCUUACUUUGAAAGGUCAUGCAAAAUGUGUUGACUUUGUUAAAAAGCAUAACUUACCUUUACUUCUGCUCGGAGGCGGUGGCUAUACUAUCCGUAAUGUUGCACGUUGUUGGACGUACGAGACUGCGGUGGCAUUAGGAAACGAUAUUGCAAAUGAACUUCCGUACAAUGAUUAUUUCGAAUAUUUUGGCCCGGAUUUUAAACUGCACAUCAGUCCGUCGAACAUGGCAAAUCAAAAUACUCCCGAAUACUUGGAUAAAAUCAAAACCCGUCUUUUCGAGAACCUCCGUAUGCUGCCACAUGCUCCGGGUGUUCAAAUGCAAGCUAUUCCUGAAGAUGCCAUAAACGAAGAUUCGGACGAAGAAGACAAAUCAAAUCCAGAUGAGCGAAUAUCUAUACGAGCGUCUGAUAAAAGAAUCGCGCCUGACAAUGAGUACAGUGAUUCAGAAGACGAAGGUGAUUCUCGUCGAGAUCAGAGAUCGUUCAAAGGGGCCAAUCGUAAAAGACCAAGAACCGAAACUGCCGAAGGGGUUGCGGAAGCAAAAAAAGAGGAAAAAGAUGAAAAGGAAGUGAAUGGCGAAAAUAAAGAAAGCACACCGAAAGAAAACACAAAAGAUGUAGACAAAAAAAGUGAAGCUCCCCUCAAGUCCAGUGGUGAAUCUUCUAGUGAAGGGAGUAGUGCUUUGUCUACCGCGAAUGAAAUGAAAGAACCCGAAGAAGAUAAAUCUGUGUCGCGUGAAUCAAGUUCUCCUGCAGCCCCAGUAAGUGCGGACAGUAGUAAAGGAGAAAAGGCUUGAAUCUAUCAUAAUGGGUUUUAUUUCCUUUUUAUUUUAUUUGAAAUGGCAAUUGUUCGAUGUUGUUCAUUUAUCUUCCAAACCACUACCUGUACCACUCUUAAUUAGAAUGUAAAAUCUGGUUCCCAUAACUUCAAUAAUGCCCCCACGCGUUUGCGGCCAUCAGUACAUUUUUACUAAGUUCUUUA